CCUGAACAUCAACGACGUCCUGGGGAACUACUCGCUGACCCUCGUGGACGCGCUGGACACACUGGCGAUCAUGGGAAACGCCUCUGAGUUCCAGAAGGCAGUCAAGCUAGUGAUCGACACAGUUUCAUUUGACAAAGACUCCACCGUCCAGGUCUUCGAGGCCACGAUCAGGGUCCUGGGAAGCCUCCUUUCUGCCCACAGGAUCAUCACCGACUCCGCGCAGCCCUUCGGAGACAUGACCGUCCAGGGCUACGACAACGAGCUGCUGCAUCUGGCCCACGACCUGGCCGUGAGGCUGCUGCCCGCCUUCGAGAACACCAAGACAGGGAUCCCCUAUCCUCGGGUGAACCUCAAGACCGGCGUUCCCCCGGACAGCAACAACGAGACCUGCACGGCGGGCGCCGGCUCGCUGCUGGUGGAGUUUGGGGUCCUGAGCCGCUUGCUGGGGGACUCCACGUUCGAGUGGGUGGCCCGGCGCGCCGUGAAGGCCCUCUGGGAGCUCCGAAGCAACGAGACGGGGCUGUUAGGCAACGUGGUGAACAUUCAGACGGGCCACUGGGUUGGGAGGCAGAGCGGCCUGGGAGCCGGCCUGGACUCCUUCUACGAGUACCUGCUCAAGUCUUACAUCCUCUUUGGCGAGGAGGAGGACCUGGAGAUGUUCAGCGCGGCCUACGCGAGUAUCCAGAGCUACCUGCGGAGAGGGCGGGAAGCCUGCAACGAGGGGGAGGGAGACCCGCCGCUGUACGUCAACGUGAACAUGUUCACCGGGCAGCUGAUGAACACCUGGAUCGACUCCCUGCAGGCCUUCUUCCCGGGACUGCAGGUCCUGAUCGGGGACGUGGAGGACGCCAUCUGCCUGCACGCCUUUCACUACGCCCUCUGGAAGCGCUACGGGGCCCUGCCCGAGAGGUACAACUGGCAGCUGCAGGCGCCCGAGCUGCCCUUCUACCCGCUGAGGCCCGAGCUGGUGGAGUCCACGUACCUGCUGUACCAGGCCACCAAGAACCCCUUCUACCUCCACGUGGGAAUGGAUAUUCUGCAGAGUCUGGAAAAGUACACGAAAGUCAAGUGUGGGUACGCCACGUUGCACCACGUUGUGGACAAAUCCAAAGAGGACCGGAUGGAGAGCUUCUUUCUCAGCGAGACCUGUAAAUACCUGUACCUGCUGUUCGACGAGGAGAACCCCGUGCACAAGUCGGGGAGCAGGUACCUGUUCACCACCGAGGGCCACGUCAUGUCCGUGGACGCGCGCCUCCGGGACUCGCCCUGGAAGGAGAGCUUCUCGGAGGAGGGCGGGCGGGGCCGGCCCGGCCGGACGGCACCCAGGCCCAGAGCCCAGGAGCUGGGCCUCAUCAACUCCAGCUCCAACUGCAGCCGCGUGCCGGCCGAGCGGAGGUUCUCGCUGCCGCUGAAGAGCGUCUACAUGCGCCAGAUCGACCGCAUGGUCGGCUUGACCUGACCGGCCCGCCCCGCCCGCCAGGUGCGGCCUGCAGCCCGCUGGGGGACCACGUCGUCGGGCGCCGGCAGGUGGCUCUGCCCGGCCGCCCGCCCGCGCAGUAAAUCCUUGCACACGUGAGCGCUUCUCCUCCCUUCCGUGAAACGCCCUGUUCUUCACGGUGACACUGGAGGUGAGAAGGCGCCGGGGACCGGCGCGCACAAGCUGGCGUCAC